GCUGACAAGUUAGAUCAAGAGAGUUUAUCACAAAAGACGCUCAAGACUUCUCCCCCAGUAGCACCUAUACCACAUCAACCACCACAACCUCCACUGCCAGUACCCAAACCACACCUACCAUCUCUAACUGCACAACCUCCACCAACAGCACCUACAUGUACCAGUAGCUACCUUCAGCCACUUUCAUUCAUGUCUGUUCUCCUCAUAGGAUCCACUGGAAUGGGAAAGAGCACCUUUGGGAACUACCUUCUGGAUCCUGAUGAUAAACACAUGGUUGACAACCCAACCUUUGCUACAGCUACAGGCGAUAAGCCAAUGACACAAGAAUUCAAAGUUGCACGUAAGAAGGUCCAAAUUGAAGGUGGUAGAAAUGUGUGGCUUGGAGUGAUUGAUACCCCGGGGUUGAAUGAGAGUGCUACAAAAGAUUUAUCUCACAUGAUCGAUAUCAUAAAGAAUUUGAAUGAGUGUCAAGAAAUCAGAGCUUUUAUUUUGGUUGUUAAAUUCAAUGCUAAAAUUGAUGCACAGUACAGGGCAACAAUGGAAUACUACAGUAAGCUCUUGCCAGGCCCGUUUAAAAAUAAUGUCCUCAUUGUAAUGACUGACUAUGCAACAGAUGAACGAUCAGUGAAACAGCGAGAGAGACAGCGCAUUGAUGUUGAGAAAGUAAAACAUAACACAAUACUAGAGCUUGGCCAAUGCUCCAAUAACCAAAUAACAUAUUUAUCACAACUGUUCAUGAUCGACUGUCAGCCACUGAGUAGUUAUGAGAUUGAGACUAGUCUAGCUGUACGUACAGCAAUCCUUAGCUACAUCUUUCUAUUUCCACCAAUAAAAGUCAGCAACCUAAUGGUGAGAAAAGCAGAUUACAUCAAAAAAAAAGAUGACGAAAAGUACUGGGAGCUAAUGGGAGAAAUAGAAGGGUAUAAUAAAAGAUUGAUAACAGUACGUACAAAUAGUAAGGACCUCCUUACAGAUACACACAUAAAAGAGAUCAAAAUUAUCGAAAAAGAAAGUGAAAUAAAAAAUCUCGAGACAAAGUUACGUAACAAAAAUACAACAGAAGAUGUUGAGGCUGAGCAUUGGUCUGUUAAUGAAGAAAUGAGAAUGAUGCAAUCGAUGACACAAUACUUUAGCAUUAAAUCACCACAUGAGAUUACAAAAUAUCGUACAUGGACAAAUGGAGGAUGUGAGUUCAAAACUGUAGUUCAAACAUCUCAUACAGUUAGUGGAAGAGUUGAAGGGAAAUUCAUGCGUGGACUUUAUGCAUCAAUCACUCUUUACACAGAAAAGAAAAUAAAAUAUGCUGACGAGAUUGAAGAAAUAAAAAGAAGAAUAGCGAGGGAAAAGGCUAGCCUUACACAAUGCAAAGUAGAAUUGGAAGAUUAUAAAAAGCUAUACAAAGAACUAUUGAAUGAAAUGGAAUUGCUUCAACAAUAUAUUAAUGAAAGGCGUACUAAUGUUUCAAAAGCUAUCUCAGAUUUUAUGACAGUGAAGGAAGCAGUGUUAAGACUAAAGGAGUUGGAAAGAAACUAUUAACUAUUUGAAUAUUUUUUACCUCUAAUACUUAUUUUUAUUCUUUAAUUACAUGUAAAAUUUA